GGAGCGGCCGAAAGACUCGACGUUGCGAGAAGAAGAGGAGAGCGAGAGCGAGAGCGAGAGAGGUCGCAUGGAGGCGGGAGCGGAGGCGGCGGAGGAGAAGAGGAAGGAGGGAAGGGUGGUGGUGGAGAAUGUGAGAGGGAAGUCCACCGUCACUCGAUGCUUCUACUGCUACCCUCUCAAACUCAUCCUGCCCAACAAGGUCGCCCCCUCUAAAUUCGACGCCGUGUGGAUCUACGCUCUCACUUACGGCGGCGGCAUUGUCUCGGGAGAUCUAAUCUCUUUGGUUAUUAACGUCGGCGACAACUGCACUGCAGCCCUCACAACGCAAGCUUCCACUAAGGUAUACAAGUCCGUGCAUUCGAAGUGCUCUGAGCAAAUCCUGGAGGCAACAGUUGGAAAAAAUGCACUCCUAGCAGUUGUUCCAGAUCCUGUGACUUGUUUUUCGACAGCCAGGUAUUCACAGAAGCAGGUGUUCAGAGUACAUUCUGAUUCAAAUUUGGUUGUUGUUGAUUGGAUUACUAGUGGCCGCCAUGAGAGUGGAGAGAAGUGGGAAUUUGAUCUCUAUAUGAGCACAAAUCACAUAUACUUGGAAGCUGAUCAACCUCUAUUUCUUGACUCAGUUCUGCUUGACCAGAACUCUUGUACCAGCAUUGCAAAGCGGAUGCAGGAAUACCAAGUUAUGGCAAUGAUUAUUCUAUUAGGCCCAAAGUUGAAGGAUCUGCAAUGUCAACUGCAGGAGGAAGUCAAACAAAUGAUGUCUGUUCAUUUUCGUGCUCCUAACGCCAUUAGAACUCACAACGUCAAAUCAGAAUCCCCUCAGCGUCCAACUAGGGCUCCUAUGAUUGCUUCCUGCAGUCCUUUUGGUCCUCAGGGGAUAGGAAUGGUUGUUCGAAUAGUAGCAGUGAGUACAGAGUCAGUCUACAAGUUCUUGAGGCAUCACCUCGCCGCAUUGGAUGCAUUCAUAGGAGCAUCACCAUACAGCCAAUCUGGUAGAUGAUUCCAAUCCUUCUCGUAGGAAGCAGAUUUGGAAUGGUCGUUCAGGUAGAGCGAUAAGUAUGAAGCCAAUCUACAUGUUCUUGAAGCGCCACCUUACCGGGAUUAUCACCAUACUACAUAGAAACUUGACAUUAAUGUUUUAUUGGUGUGUUCAUGCAAGAGGAGAGUGGAUUCUGAAAAUUUAGAGAGUUAAAGCUGGAAGAUAGAGGAAAAUAUGUUCUUUUUAAUAGAAUUCUAAAUAAUGAUGCAUUUGACUAGACUACGGAAUUAAAAAUCAGUUCCUAAUUCCUAUUAGAUUGUGAUCCUCUAGACGCGGAUGGAUUUUUUUAUAAUCUAUUUUAGAAAUAACUUGUCUAUCUCA